GUCUCUUCGCUUUCCUCUUUCCCACGCUCAUUCGCCGUAGCUCUGAACUUGAAAUCCUUUAGGGAAAAACCAAUAUGGCCAUGAACGUCUCCUCCACAGAUUUCCUUACCCCAGCCGCCGCAGCCACCUCAACCUCCAGUACCAACACCAUCAAAGCUCUACUCGUCACCCUAUUUAUCUCCAUUGUUAGUACAGUUAUAAAACUUCAAAGAAGAGCUGCUCUCAAAAAAACCACCAAAAUUCUCCCACUACCUCCCGGCCCAAAACCCUGGCCAUUCGUCGGAAACAUACCGGAAAUGAUCCGGUAUAGACCGACUUUCCGGUGGGUUGAUCAACUCUAUGAAAAGAAAAUGAAUACCGAUAUUUGUCUUAUUCGUUUCGGGAAAACUAAUGUUAUUCCUGUCAAUUGGCCGAUUAUUGCACGUUGAACUGCUCAAGAAAAAAACGACGCCAUUUUCUCUAACAAGGCCAAUGAUCUUUCUGGCUAAAGAAUGAGUGGUGGUUAUUCAAAAACUGCCAUUAAGAAAAUGAGAAAAUAUUUAACUUCAGAAAUGUUUCACCGCUAACUGCUCAAAGUGGGGUUGGCGCACGACAAAAAUAAGGAAGAAGCCUGAUAACUUAUUUUAAUACCAAACCAGUACAAGGCCAACAAUAAAAAGGCCAACAAUAAUGUCAAUCUGCGACUUGUUGCAAGGCAUUAUUGCGGAAAUGUGAUAAGAAAAAUGAUGUUCAGUAAAAGAUACUUUGGUGAAGCAACGCCAGAUGGCGCACCGGGACGCAUGGAGAUAGAACAUGUGGACUCAGUUUUUGCUGUUUUGAAAUACUUAUACGCAUUUUGUAUUUCUGAUUUCAUGCCUUUCUUGCUAGGGCUUGAUCUUGAUGGACAGGAAAAAUUUGUUCUUGAAGCUAAUAAGACUUUAAGGGCUUUUCAUAAUCCUCUUAUAGAUGAAAGGAUUGAACUGUGGAGGAGUGGUCAAAGGAAGGAAAAGGAAAUGAAAGAAGAUUCUUGAUGAGAUUUGCUUGAUGUUUUUAUUACUCUUCAGGAUUCUGAUGGAAAGCCAUUGCUGACACCUGACGAGAUCAAGAGUCAAGUCGCUGAAGUUAUGAUAGCGACAAUAGAUAACCCUUCAAACGCAGUGGAAUGGGCCAUAGGAGAAUUGCUAAACCAACCAGAAAUUCUUAAGAAAGCAACAGAAGAAAUAGACAGGGUGGUCGGAAAAGACAGACUUGUCCAAGAAUCAGACAUCCCUGAUCUUAACUAUGUCAAGGCAUGUGCAAGAGAAGCUUUUAGGCUCCAUCCUGUAGCCUACUUCAACCCACCUCACGUUGCUGCGCAAGACUGCGCAAAGACGCUGAAAUUUGCGGUAUUUGGAUCCCUGAAGGUAGUUGGGUCAUGCUCAGCCCGAUAUGGUCUGGGCCGAAACGCAAAGACCUGGCCUAACCCGCUCAAGUACGACCCCUGAACGCAUUUUGAAAUGAAAGGAGAAGUGGUUUUGACCGAUGAAGGAGAAGUGGUUUUGACCGAACAUGGCUUGAGAUUCAUAUCAUUUAGCACGGGAAGGCGCGGUUGCAUCGCGGCUUUACUCGGAACUUGCAUGACUACUAUGUUAUUGGCAAGAAUGCUUCAAUGCUUUACCUGGAGUCUGCCGGAUAAUGUCGAAAAGAUUGAUCUUUCCGAAGGGGUCGACGAGCUUUUUCCGGCCAAUCCCGUGGUGGCUUUUCCAAAGCCACGUUUGGCUCCUCAUCUUUAUCCUACUUCGCCAUGAAUGAAUGAAUGGAAGGAUUUUAAGAUAUGUAAUUAAUUCAGAAUACUUUGAAAUCUGAAAUAAAUAAAUAAUAUCUGACUUGCAUGGUUAUUAUGUUAGGAGGUGAAAUUUAUGAGUAGAA